AUGACAUCGUUUGCUUCUGGAUUUUACCCCUAUCCAAAUCUUCAAUGGGCCUCUUUAUCACAACGGGGAAAACCUCAGUUGUGCCCUUCCUGGACUGGAGUGCUCAUUGUUGUCAGUAUGGCAGCAACCUGGCUUUUCGCAGUUGCCCUAGUACGAAAUCCAGCUACCCGCAGAAUUUGCCUAAAGGAUGCACGCAACAUUUCCCGAUUAUGCUGGGUGUUCUGUGCAUUGUGGGAGGCAGCCUUAUGGUAUUAUGACAAUGUUCCAAAAAAAUUUGUCAUGUACUGGGGUGCUACAUUGGCAUGGGCACUGUCGUUUAUGAUUAUGUUGAGUUUCUGGGGCGAUUUGAAGUGGAAACGUCCGAUCCCCAUGGUUUGGUCUCUGGUCAAGGGUGGAUCGAAACGGGUGUCCGAUCAUCUCAUCUCCAGCGAGAAUAAUAUGGAGUUGUUUGCAUAUUCCUCAUUGGUAGGCAUUUCAUUCGGUAUUCAUGAACACGCUAAUAUUGCAUUUAAGCCGCAAAAAAAUCCUGAUUUGUCGCAUCUUUCAGACUUGCGACUUGAUGAGAAACCAUCCAACUUCUUCGAGGUCUAAACGGUGAACGUUCAGCACUGGACCAUCUCUUCUGUACCUGUCUCUUACAUAUCUUUGCU